AUGCCUUGCCACGAAGCAGAAACCCAUAUCGCUAGUAAACUGAGAAGUCUUCCCAAGGAACAGCAGCGACAGUAUCUCUCCCUCCACAACAACUCUCCCGGCAAGUACCCAUUCAGCGGCAUCUUUCAGACCAACGCUCUACCAUGCGGUUCAGAAACGAAACUCUACGCCGUCUACGCCACCGUUUCCUUGAUCAACCACGACUGCAUGCCGAAUAGCAGCCCUAACUGGAACCGACAUUUAAACAUGCAGACUAUCCACGCUUUGUGUGACAUCAAGGCCGGCGAGGAGAUCACAGUCUGCUACACCAACGCCGUGACUACACAAGAGCGACAGGUAUAUCUCAAACAGCAUUUCGGCUUCGACUGCGCCUGCAGCAUCUGUUCACUGUCGCCAGUGGAGCGGACGCUGAGUGACAUACGUCGUACCGAGAUCGAGCGUAUGAACGAAGACAUCUUCAGCGACCAUCUCUCAUCGUUUAGCCCAGGCGUGGCAUUAAACAAGCUCUACAAGAUGGUCCAGCUGAUAGAAGAGGAAUACAAACGUGCCUCCAAAGCCCCCGUCUCAGAAGUUUACCAUAACGCGGCCCGGGUGGCUAUUUCCUAUGGAGACAAAGCCCGUACGACUGUUUUCGCUGAGAGAGCUCAUAAGCUGAGAGUCAUCUGUACAGGCAAGGAUGGGGAGAACGCUCAACGUAUGGAGCGCUUGAUGAGUUAUCCGGCGUCCCACGAGUAUUAUGGGUUGUCGAAGGAGUGGAGGUCUGGUAAGGAUGCUGUGCCUAAGGGUCUGAGCGAGGAAGACUUUGAGAAGUGGCUUUGGAGGUUGGAUUGA